AUGGCGGGCCUGGAGGGGGACGACGGCGGGGCCGUCUUGGAUCACAUCAUCACCCAGUUCAACAGCUACGAGGAUUACCUGGACUCGCAGAUCACCACGCAGGACCUCUAUUACCUGGAGAAUGAAGAAAUGGCCCGCCAGCUGGUGGAGCUGGGCUUCCGAGGAAGCGGAGAAGUGCUCAAAAGGGAAGAGUUCAUAGCAAGGAAAUUAGCCGCAGAGGCUUCGAGGUUCUCUGAAAGACACCAGCAAAAAACCUUAUCAAGUGCGGGAAAAGAACUGAAAGACAAUUUUCUGAAGGCUUUGGCGGAGAGGGAAGAAGCCAAUCGUAAUGGGAAAAUGUCGUCUAUCAUCUUCAUUCGCGAUCGCAAUGCCCGUGGUCAUGAAGUCUCUGCAUAUAUUGACUACGCACACCGGCUGAAGGUGGAUGAAUUCGAACUCUGUUUCAGUGGCAAGAAGAAGCUUUUCCCCAGACGUUCGGACCUGAGUUUCUACAAUUGGGACAGAAACCUCUGCUGCUUGAAUUCCAGUCCAAAUUAUCAAGUGAUUGCUGAAAAUACAUGUGGCUUACUCUUCAAGAACAAAUCUGACAGAAAGAUCAUCAAUGUGGAUCCUAAGGUUUUCCCAGGGGACAACACAACACGGACUCCGAUCGAAACAGACCACUACCUGCAAGUGGUUAUCUAUGACCACGUCCUCAGAAGAAAGCUGUAACCAUCAUCUUCUAUUGGAGGAACAAAUACACAAGAAAAACCUCUUCAACAUGUGUGGCAGGAAUGUGCUGGGAAAAGGAGCUUCGUAUUCCAAAGACGAGUGGACAUGUGCACCUAUGGGUAAUGGGGGACCACGUCAUUGCAGGAUCCCACAGAACACUUUCCUGUAGCUAUUUGUUAAGAGAGCUUUGCUGUUCCUUCCAUGUGUAUA